CGAAGAGCAGGACGCGAAGUGCCUGACAAACUGCCAUGAAGGACCAGGAACCAAGCUGUGUUUGGAUGGCUACUCUAACAAGACGAUCCGACUGGGGAAAUGGACAGUCAAUAUCUUCACUGUUGAUUUAUUUUAUAACCCCACAGACACACCAUCCUGAGAACCGCAAGCAAAUCCAAAGGUCUGCCGUAUCUUUAUUGAUCAAACAAUGCAAUGAGAUCAUCUGACCACCUAAAUUGAUUUUCGCUGUGUAUUUUUGGUCACACUUACCACUUCCACAAAAGGCCAUGGAUGCGAGCUCAAUACCUCAGAUUAAUAUAGAGGAUUUUGAUGGCCUUGAAGUUGCCCCUGAUGAUCAUUUGAGAAACUUGAAAGCUUUGACUGAGAAGCUGAGACUGGAAACCAGAAGGCCGUCCUAUCUGGAGUGGAAAGAGCGAGUGGAGGCUCAAAACACCAAAGGCUUAGCGGUGUCAGAUGGGUCAACAGAGCUGGAAAAAGAUGCUGGAUUGAAGCCCAGAGCGACACCUCAGAGAACCAUAGAGGACUCCCAAAUGACUGCUGGAAACGGACUCAUUUCUAGAAGCCUCGGAGGAUUCGAUAAUAUUGACGAAGCUCUUGUUUGGCUUAGAAAAGAACUGAUGGAGAUGCGUAUCCAGGACCAGCAGUUGGCUCGGCAGCUCAUGCGACUGCGCGGCGACAUCAAUAAACUUAAAGUGGAGCAGACAUGUCACCUGCACCGCCGAAUGCUCAACGAUGCCACCUUUGGGCUGGAGGAGCGGGACGAGCUGUCAGAUCUUCUGUGCGAUGGACCCGUCACCCCAGGCUUUGGCCUCUCUUCACCUCUGCGCCUCAUUGGGGUCACGAAGAUGAACAUCAACUCCAGACGCUUCUCGCUUUGCUAGCCUUCCGUGACCCGACUGCAAAACAUUUGUUGUUUUGAAGCUGUUUUUAAACCCACGAGGACUGUCACAGCAGCAUAUCCAGUGCCUCUCGCUUUAUGUACUUGUGCCAGUGGAUCCAUCUGAAUUAAUAGCAUGAACAGUGAAAAAGAAAUCUGACCCAUUACCCAGACUCAUGCCUUAGAUACAGCCCUUAUUGUGUUCACUAGAUAUAAACAAGGCUCUAAAGAGACCACUUGACAUCUCUCAGUCUCUCUGGAUUUAUUUGAUUUAUUAGUUAUGGUUUCUUCAUUCAUUUUUCUUUGGCUUAGUACUUGAUUUAUCAGAGGUCGCCAUAGCAGAAUGAACUGCCAAAUACUCUGGCAAAUGUGCCGCAAUGCACCAUGUUGGGAAACACCCAUAGACUCUCUCAUUCACACACAGUCAUACACAAUGGCCAAUUUACGUCAUCUUAUUUACCUAUACCACAUGUCCAACCCAAGCUCAUUCUGAAAAUUAGCCCCGCGGACGUUUCUGGAGACCGCGAUUUACAUGGCCGCAAUUUACAUGGCUGCAUUUCAGUUUUUAAAGCGAACGCUACGAAGUGGUGUGACGCCGCUCCUCUUCGCGCUCGCCGACUGACGGCUCAUCUCCAUGUGGAGGGCUUUCCCGCUGCAACCAGUUUGUCCGGUUAGCUCGUCUGUGUUACGCCGGGGGAGGGGAGCUGGCCGUGACAACUGGGUUCGAGUUCGGUGAAGAGCGGUUCCAGAAAUCAGGUAAGAAAAAACAGAAUCCAAAAAAUAAAGCAAACGAGUUCAUAACGGGGCAAGAAUGCUGUGAAAUCCGAAAACACGGUCAAAAUCAGACGAGGGCUUUUCUUUUUCUGGAUGGCUUUUGUAAGUCGUUGCUUGGGUUUAGGGAAGGAGGAGAAGGAGGGUGGGGUCGGGUGAUUGGCUGGCCGCCCAGUCAAUCAUUCAGUCAUUCAGUCAGUCGGACAGACGGUCGGACGACAGUGGCCUCUGGCAGCUUUACACAAGAACAGGCGUUCGAGAUAUAAAAAAACGUGCACAGCGGCCUCUCAUUAAUUCGCGAAAACAAAAACUGCACGAAUACGUACCUCCAGGGACGUAUUUAUCGGUCUCCAGAAACGUCCACGGGGCUACGUUUCCAGAAUGAGCUUGGGUUGCACAUGCCUUUGGACUGUGGGGGAAACUAGAGUAAACUACAAAUAAUUGUAACAUUUGUUUUAUUAUAUAAACACCUAAGAACAUUUAUUCCAAUUUUAGUUUUUAAAAUAUUGUAAUUAAGAGCAUUUUUCCCAUUAACAAUGGCAAUUGGUGAAAAAAAAAAUGCUUUCAACUAAAAGUCAGGAUUCCUGAUUUAUUUGGAAACUCAAAUAUUGAUUUCUUAACUCUUCUGAUAUUAAAACAUUGCCAUUAUGACUUGUGAAUUGUCCAUUUAAAAGAAAUUGCGAAAAAAAUGAAUAAAUAACACAUUAUUCAAACAUAUAAAUGAAAAUCCAGAGAAGAUGUCAAAGAGUAUUAUAAUGUUUUUUUUUUUCAGCUGUAUUUGCACCAUUUGACAAAAUUUGUUCAAAAAUUGUCCGCUUAAUGUAGUGCCUCCUAAGACACUUUGUAUUAGCUGCCAUUCAUGGUAAAACACCAUUCAUGGUAAAAGCAACCCUUAUUGCAUUGCUAUAUACCUCAGUGAAGCAAUCUAUAAAGAUUGUGAAAGAUAUGUUGAAUAUUCAUAAAUUAAUGCUAUAUAAACUGACAAUUGAUCAUAAA